AACAACUUAGAAACAACAGGGAAGCGAAAAUAAAACGGAAUCCUCUCUCUCUCUCUCUCUAAAAUAUUCACUCUCUCUCGUCGUUUUCUUCCCAUAACGCCCCUUACUUGACUUCUCUUCUCUCCCCUCUUCCCUCUUCCCUUAUGGCAUUUUUCAUUUCCCUUCCCUCCACCAGGUUAAAUUUGAAAAUUUCGUAAAACUCUCCGAAUGAUCAGACUAAUUUUUUAGGUUACAAAUUUGGCUUGCAAAAUUAAAGUCUACAACAAUUUGUUCAUGCACCAAAAUUAACACAAAUUGUUCUUGUUCAUUCUUCAUUUUUGCUAAUUCUGGUGGUCAAAUAGAUAGGAGGUGGGCAAUUGGUAAAUUCAAGCAAUAAUAUGGGUUAUCUCAAUUCUGUAUUGUCAUCUUCAAGCCAGGUUCAUGCCGAAGAUGCACCCGUUAGCGGUGGCGGCCUCAGUCAGAAUGGAAAGUUCAGCUAUGGAUAUGCAAGCUCUCCAGGGAAAAGGUCUUCAAUGGAAGAUUUUUAUGAGACACGAAUUGAUGGUGUUGAAGGGGAGAUAGUUGGUCUGUUUGGAGUCUUUGAUGGUCAUGGAGGGGCCCGAGCUGCUGAAUAUGUCAAACACAACCUUUUCAGUAAUUUGAUCAAGCAUCCAAAGUUUAUUUCCGAUACCAAAUCAGCUAUAGCUGAUGCAUACAAUCAUACAGACUCUGAGUUUCUGAAAUCGGAAAAUAGUCAGAACAGAGACGCUGGAUCAACUGCUUCCACUGCCAUCCUAGUUGGUGAUCGUUUGCUUGUUGCAAAUGUUGGAGAUUCCAGGGCGGUUAUAUGCAGGGGUGGUAAUGCUAUUGCUGUUUCCCGAGAUCACAAGCCAGACCAAACUGAUGAGCGGCAACGGAUUGAGGAUGCUGGCGGAUUUGUUAUGUGGGCCGGAACUUGGAGGGUUGGAGGAGUUCUUGCUGUUUCUCGUGCAUUUGGUGAUAGGCUUUUGAAGCAAUAUGUUGUUGCUGAUCCAGAAAUUCAGGAGGAAAAGAUUGACAACUCCCUUGAGUUUCUUAUCCUUGCUAGUGAUGGAUUGUGGGAUGUUGUCACAAAUGAGGAGGCUGUUGCUAUGGUUCAACCAAUCGACGAGCCGGAACAGGCUGCAAAGAAGUUGAUGCAUGAAGCAUAUCAAAGAGGUAGUGCAGAUAAUAUUACUAUCGUUGUUGUCCGUUUCUUGGCCAAUCAGGGAGGUUCCUCUCACAGCAGCUCUGUCUAAGCACCCUAAGCUUGGUGCAAUAAAAUCAAGUGGUUUUUAGUGAUAGGAGAUCUUAGUGUUGUACCGUUUAAGGUUAGAGAUAUAAACAAACUCAUUAGGUUGUUAAUGUGUAUCACAUACUAUCAGCUUCUAGCAUAGAGCUGUAUCUGAGAGCUUAGUUACUGCAUUGGGUAUUGAAUUUAGCUAGAAAAUCGUUGUUUGAAUAUGUCAAAAACCUCCAAAUUUCUUUAUCAUAUUCUGUAAAUGUGAUUGAUCAAAAACUUUAUUGCUA